AGAAAACAUGUGUAGAGGGCGCUUGCUUUGACAUUAAAUUUUAGCUCAUGGCGUGCCUUUACUUUCCGGUUCCUUUUCUAACGAGACCGCAGCCAUGAAAGCAAAAGGAGAGUUGAAGGAGUUCGAAGUGAUCGGGCGCAAAUUGCCCACAGAGAAGGAGAAGACUACUCCUCUGUACAAAAUGCGCAUCUUCGCGCCCGACCAGAUCGUGGCCAAGUCGCGUUUCUGGUACUUCUUGCGACAGCUGCGUAAGUUCAAGAAGACCACCGGAGAAAUUGUCAACGUGAAACCCAUCCACGAGAAGACACCGGUUAAAAUCAAGAACUUCGGUAUCUGGCUGCGUUACGACUCUCGCUCAGGCACCCACAACAUGUACAGGGAGUACCGCGACUUGAGUGUGUCCGGUGCUGUUACUCAGUGCUACAGAGAUAUGGGUGCUCGUCAUCGUGCUCGCGCUCAUUCAAUCCAGAUUAUUAAGGUUGAGAAAGUGAAGGCUGGAGAUUGCAGAAGGCCACAUGUGAAACAGUUCCAUGAUUCAACGAUUAGGUUCCCAUUGCCGAAACGCAUCCAACGCAAGGGUAUGAACCGUUUCUCAGUUCGCAAACCACGUACAUACUAUUGCUAAGUUUAGUGGUUGAAAUUAAAAAAUAAACCUAUUUCUUAAUUUACCAACUGAA